AUGGAAUUCUCUGAAAGUUCACGUAUUUCUUACCGCCUUUUGAAUCAACAUGGUGUCAAAGAACAAAUAAAAUUAUACACGAUAUGUCCUACAAUGGAUUUGAUUGCUGCUUGUUCUGUGUCUGGUGAAGUUUGGGUCGCGCGAUGGUUUGUCGCAUUAGAAAAGAUAUGGACCUUGCCAGCUCAACAUUAUAAUGCCGAAAAAGUUGAAGCUUUAGCAUGGCGACCUGAUG